CCAACAGUCCCCUCAGCUCUGCCAGAACCUUUCACGACUUGAGACGCUGUUUGGAGGCGUGGCCAAUCGCCAGAAGGCGGGGCCCCGGCAGCAGCCCCGCUCUCGCGAGGUUUGGAGUUUUGGCGAGAGUUUGUGGAAGAUGGCGCCUGUUGUGACAGGGAAGUUUGGGGAGAGGCCUCAACCCAAACGUCUCACGAGGGAAGCAAUGAGGAAUUAUUUGAAAGAAAGGGGCGAUCAGACUGUACUUAUCCUUCAUGCUAAAGUUGCACAGAAAUCAUAUGGCAAUGAGAAAAGGUUUUUUUGUCCCCCUCCCUGUGUCUAUCUCAUGGGCAGUGGGUGGAAGAAAAAGAAAGAGCAGAUGGAGAGAGAUGGCUGCUCAGAGCAAGAAUCCCAGCCCUGUGCUUUCAUUGGCAUUGGCAACAGUGACCAAGAAAUGCAGCAGCUGAACCUGGAAGGAAAGAAUUAUUGCACUGCCAAAACAUUGUACAUAUCAGACUCAGACAAGAGAAAGCACUUCAUGUUAUCAGUAAAGAUGUUCUAUGGCAAUAGUGAUGAUAUCGGCGUGUUUUUAAGCAAGAGAAUUAAGGUCAUCUCCAAGCCAUCAAAAAAGAAACAGUCGCUGAAAAAUGCAGACUUAUGUAUUGCGUCAGGGACAAAAGUGGCACUAUUUAACCGGCUGCGAUCACAGACAGUCAGCACAAGAUAUCUGCACGUAGAAGGCGGCAACUUCCACGCCAGCUCGCAACAGUGGGGAGCUUUCUACAUUCACCUUUUGGAUGACGAAGAGUCUGAAGGAGAGGAAUUCACAGUGCGUGACGGUUACAUUCACUAUGGACAGACGGUGAAGCUUGUAUGUUCGGUAACUGGCAUGGCACUCCCACGACUGAUUAUCCGCAAAGUGGAUAAACAGACGGCAUUGUUAGAUGCAGAUGAUCCUGUAUCCCAGCUCCAUAAAUGUGCAUUUUAUCUGAAGGAUACAGAAAGAAUGUACUUGUGCCUUUCUCAGGAAAGAAUUAUCCAGUUUCAAGCCACUCCAUGUCCCAAAGAACCAAAUAAAGAGAUGAUUAACGAUGGUGCCUCUUGGACAAUCAUUAGCACAGAUAAGGCAGAAUACACUUUCUAUGAAGGCAUGGGGCCAGUAAAUGCUCCAGUGACUCCAGUGCCUGUAGUAGAAAGCCUUCAGCUGAAUGGUGGAGGAGAUGUAGCAAUGCUGGAGCUCACAGGACAGAAUUUCACUCCAAAUUUACGUGUUUGGUUUGGGGAUGUGGAAGCCGAGACUAUGUACAGGUGUGCAGAAAGCAUGCUGUGUGUUGUUCCUGACAUUUCCGCAUUUCGAGAGGGUUGGAGAUGGGUCCGUCAGCCAGUGCAGGUGCCAGUUACAUUGGUCCGGAACGAUGGUAUAAUCUAUUCAACCAGCCUUACAUUUACAUACACGCCAGAGCCCGGGCCUAGACCACACUGCAGUGCAGCUGGAGCAAUCCUACGAGCCAAUUCAAGUCUCCUGGCAUCCAAUGAAUCCAACACAAACAGCGAGGGAAGUUACACAAACGUCAGCACAAAUUCAGCCAAUGUCACAUCAUCCACGGCAGCAGUAGUGUCCUAACCAUAGACUUUGGACUCUGGACUUUUACAUGGAAGGACAUGUAUAAUGAACAUUUGGGUUCUUUGUUGGUUUUUUUUUUUUUUUUUUGUUUUGUUUUUUUUUUUAUAAUGUGCUUUCAUGGGAAAAAAAGAUUCUCCAUUCUAGUUCGUGUUGCCUGAACCAUGUUACCUGCAAGUGCCGAGAAAAAGUAGAAGCCACAAUAAUAAAAUGAAAAGGAAAAAAAAAAACUCCACUGCAAAUCUAUUUUCGCUGCAUUUUUAGUUUUACAAAAAUGGGCAAAAAAUAGAAAAUGUGGCUUGGGCGAAACCUUCUGCAAGCUAGAGAAGCAUGAAGAUAACAUAGUUUUUACGGACCAAGGAACUUGUAUAAGCUUUAGUCAAAGGUACAUUUUCACCAUACCUUUUUAUAUCACAACAUAUAGUACACUUUUGUUACCAAAUAGAUUUUUUUUCUUUGUGCUCUAAAGUAUGGUAAGGCCCCUCAAGCCUGCGCAUACCUGUAUAAUCUAAUUACCAUACUCUUCCAGUUAAAAAAAAAUGAUAUAUAUAUAUAUUUUUGGUCAAUGGCUGGAACUGUUUUUUGUUUUUUUUUGUUGUUUCUUUUUCUCUUUCUUAACUGAAGUCUUUUUUAUUAACUGAAAAAAAUGUUAUUUCUGCAUUGUAGAACCUUGUAAAGGCCAGCAUAUUUUUUUUUUGUAAGACUACAUGAAGUCUCUCUGCAAAAGCUUUAAAAAAAAUCGCCUCUACCUUGCCUGCAAUACAAACUGUGUCUGUCAGUAGUGCUGUGUUCAGUCGUCAUCUGGUAUUUUCUGUUUUUUGUUAUUUGUUGUACACCUGUUCUUAUUUUUUUUUUCCCCUCGCAAGGAAAGUUUCACUAGCAGAUAUGUUACACUUAAUUUGCUGUGAAAUUAUCUGCAUUGCCUGCCCCGUUAUUAGGAUCUGAGCAGGGGCAAUGAUAGGCAUGUGUUACUGUGGUUUGAGCACCAGUUGUAAUGCUGUUUCUACUGUGUGUUUGUGUCCAUGAAUAACAGCCCAGUGAUUUUAUCUUUCCCUCUCCUUUUAUGUAAAAUUUCAGGGUUCUAAUUUGCCAGCAGGUUAUAUUUAUACAAACUAUAGUAGCAUUUCUAUAGCAAACACAACUUUUACCAGUGCAGGGCAACAGUAUAUUAUAUUUUAAUUACUUUAAAACACUUUCAUUUUUUGGUGUUACUGUUCGUGUAAGUAUAAUAAGUCAUAAUCUCUAGCAUCUUAACUUCGGCUAACAAUAGGGUUGUAGUUCAGAAUAGUAGAACAAAUUGUCUUAUUGCUUUGCUCGUAUCUGUCCUUACCCUUUAGGUUCCAUGAUGCAGAACUGAAAUGUUUGCCACCAGUCACAUGAUUCAAACAGACUGAGAGUAGGGAUUGUGUCACAUAAGGCAGUUGGCCAUAUCAUUUACCCAGCAGGCAAUCCUAUUGGCCACAUGCUGGUUACGCCUAUUCCUGUCAUUGGUGGGUUUUCUUGCACCAGUAGCUGCCUCUGGUUCUCUCGCCAAAUUGCUCAGUACUUUAUAGCAAUCAAAUGCACUAUAAGUCCAGGCUUUACUCUGAGUUCAUUAAGUGUAACAUAUUUGCAAUGUACCUUUCCCUUUAACUGUUUCUGUGGUGAUACUAACAGUUACCCUAUUCAUUACAGUGAAGAGGUUAAUGUAUUUAUAGAGACUACUCUUGGUCCUAGCGUACCUGAACAACGUACACACAUAAUUCACGGCAUUUAAACAAUCACAUUCAUUUCUUUUUUUUAUCCAUGUUGGAAACAAAUAUGGAUCUAUUUAAUUCUUUUCAGUCAGAAUUCAUUUAGGUGUUUGAGGUUCUGAUGAAGUUUUCAAAAUCUUGUAUAUAUCUUGUAUUAAGUGUAAGUUAAGUGUUUUUAUUACUUUUUUUUUUUUUAAGGUAAAUUGUUCCCAAUGAUGUUUUUUUUCCACAGGAAGCCCAUACAAAUAAUAGGAGUGUUGGGGGUUUGCUUGCUGCCAGGGCAGGUUUUAGUAGGCUAGUUUCAAUGAAUGGCGUAGUCUAUGUAUUGGAUGGAGCACGUGCAGUGCUAAUAUUAUAGAUUCAUUAAUACCGGUAGGAACUAGUGCGUCGGCUGAUUAUCUUCGGCCGCAGUGCCGCUGUUACAAGUUGUUUGCUAAGAAGCUCCGGAUAAAUUGAAUACUAUUGUUUCCGAUAGCUCUGAUUCUGUUGUUACAGACUAAAGUAGGAAAGUAGAUUGCACCGCUGCUUUUCCUACAUUCGGAUCAGAAACAUUGAGUAGUUUGCCUUUCAGCUAGUGAGACCAAGCAGAGAUAUCGGUGUGUGCACGAGGGGUCCAAGCCUGGGCAGGGGUGCCUUGGGGACUCUCCACCAGAUGGGAACAAUGUUUACAAAACAAAAAGAACCACUGGUCUCCCUGAAUCUGCACAGACGGUCAUAUAUGGCUGUGGAUCCAGGAAAUAUUAGUGAUUUAUCUGUGAUUAGCAUAUAUGUUUAUAGGAAUAUACUAAUGGUAUCCAGUAUUGUUUUUGCAUAAACAUCCAUCUGAUGGAGAAAGGACAAGGUGCAUCCUGGGAGGAUUAGCCACUUCAAGUGCAAAAACAUUAAAAAAGCUAAAAUUAGCCCUUCCUUAGGGCACUGGCACAGAAGACAUUUUGAUUGCUGCAGUCACCCCAUUGGAAGCCAAAGUAACCAAUAUGUGUUUAAAUGCUGGCAGCUGGUCCACAUUUUACUGUAGCGCUGACCAUGGCAAAGCAAAGUGAGUAGCACCAUUUCCAUUUCUCUAUUAUUAAAAUCCGCUGCCGGCUGCUAAACACUAAUCGCUGCAGUUUUCCUUUGUAAGAUUACAAUUUUCAUAAUGUCUAGUGUGUUAUUCAUGUUGAAAAUGUUGCUUAAAGGUUGAUACAUACCCUUCAUGUAACUUAAUGUAAAAUUGCACUUCUGGGCACUUAAAUUUAAUAAUAUGUACAGUUUUUAUACUGCUCAUAUCAUGAAGCUGUCAUCUGAGUGCCCCAUGCUCUUUGGCUUGUCAGUGGGUGGGUAGAAUGUAUUAAUAUACUAAAUCAGGAAGCAUCUCCGGGUGCUUUCCUGCUCAGGUCUAUUAACUCAUAUUGAGCAGUAGGACUGAGCAGGGAAGUGUCAGAAGAUGCUUCCUGCCCAGCCCUAGCCUGGCCCAAACAGCAGGGGGCACUCAGAUUACAUCUCUGUGAUAUUUGCAGUGUGAAAACUGCUAUUGCAAUAAUAUCUGGGAAUAAAUGUCAAUUGCAAAAGUUACAUUAUAUGGUUCCCCUUUAAUUGCAGCAACACCACAGAUAGCUGUAAUAUGAAAGUAGGUCUUAGAUCACUGUCUGUUCUCAUGUAAGUUCCUUCCCAGCACCAGUAGCAUCAGGGCCAGUGUUUGGAUCGUAUAUACAUUUAUUGUGAGUGCAAGUUUCCCUAGGAGACUGAUCGCCCCCGGCAUUGCUCCCACAGGAGGCCGAUGCUGGCCGCACAUUACUAUAUAUAAAUAUAUACACACAUAUAGAAAUGCCAACAGUGUUCGUCCAUGAUCCAUCUGUAAGUAGUUGUAUAUCCUUAAUGUCAUCUGUUUCAUAAAAAAAAAAGAACAAAAACAAAAAAAAAGACAAAAACAAAAAAACACAAAAAACGUAUUUCAGUUAAUGUAGAUCUGAGCCUAAAUUCUUGCUAACCCACGUAGCAUCAUGUGCCUUCCAGGUUUACUUCUUUGUAACAUUAACCAGCAAAUGUUUUCAGUGCUCAAAGAGCAUUUUGUUCUUUUCUACGCGUCACAAAAAUCCUUUGUUGUUUUUUUUAAUUGCAAAUGAAUGAAUUAUUUGUAUUUGUUUCCUUGCUGAUUCAUAGGCUAUAUUGCUCAGCGUAGCCAAACACUAUAUACCCGUGUACUCAGUGGUGUAAAAUCGCGGAUAAUAAGAAAGUCCCCUGAAAGCUGGGACAGUGUUUCCCCCGCCCUCCCGAAAUUGUUGCUUUAUUUUACCAUUUGCCUUUGUAACGUCUUGUAUUUUUAUAUGCCAUUUGUAUAGAAACUGAAGCUGUUUUUCGCUUUUAGAAACAAACUGCCUUGCCUCAUCUCCGUCAGUGACCAAGAACCGAUUUCAUUGUGGCCUUAUAUCUUGGUUUUCCUUGUACAUUGUUUACUGGAAUUAACACUCAAAGCUGUUCCCUUUGUCUCGGCCGUCGCUCUGACGCGCUUGUGUUGUGUGUUUUGUGGCGUCGCCUCGUGGUGUCUCGACCUGUGCUGUGUCACUGUUUCAAUCCCACAUUUUCUGUUGUCUCUUUCUUUCUAAAUCGUGGCAAUGAAGUUUGCAGUUACCAAAGUAUCAUUGAAGCAUUUACCAGUUAUCAGCCUAUAAAGAGGAGUUAGGUCGGUGGAGCUGGAAGGACAACCGUAUAACUUGGUUAAAAGGGAAAUAUUAACUUGUUCAGUAAAAGUAAUCAAAGUAAUUAAUUAUAGGGGUUCAGAAGCAGUUGGUGGUGAUUUAUGAAUAAACUAAACAAACCUGCUGUUCAGGGUCCCAGCCUAUGUUUCAGCCAUAUAAUGUCACAAUGGAGGAUGUUCUGUGAGAUGUGCCACCAAGUGCAUAACUAAUGGCAUCCCAGGUAGCUUCUUAUAGAUUGGUGGCCAGGGAGGUCCAACCUGAAGAACUCAUCAGCUAAAGUGCGGAAUUACAGUUUGCUCUUUUUAAUCUUCUUGGAAGCCCAAGUAGUAAAUACUUGUGUGCUCACUGAGUCGUGUAUCUCUGUAAUUGUGUCGGCAACCACUGUGCCUCUAAAGGACUUCUCCCAAGUGAAAUUUCCAUUAAAAGGGGAGUCCCUAAUUAUUCCUGGGCCAUCCAGUGUGGCUUUCAAACAUAGACAGGCCCUAGUACAAAAAAAAACCUGUCACGCUUCUGUUUGCUAAGAUGUAUCCAAAAUAUUUGCCUUUAAACCCAGAGGGCCACCUGAGCUUACACAUGCCUUUAAUAUGACUCCAGCCUCCAGUGUUGGUAAUGUCAGAGCCCGUCAGUACCAGCAGAACUCGCCCUGUAAUGUUUUCUCUUCAGUGGUUCAAACACUACAAAAUGCCAUGUAAUUUGCAUAGGUUUUCUGAAUGAUUGCUAGCUCUCUAGUCUUCCACGUGCUGCUUUGUGCUUCAGCUUUCCGUCUGUCCCUUUAGACAUCUGUACAAAAGAACCCUGGUAUAUUUUCCCAGCUGUAUUAGGAGAUUCUUCUGCUGCUCCACCACCAUAGUGUCCUGUACUGUAAUGAUGGGCAGCCAUUUCCUUGUCACCUAAUGUUUCCAUACCUGUUUCAGGGGUCAUAUAACUAAACGGGACAGGUUUUGUUCUGAUUCCAAUAUUUUAUACACUGCAUUUGCACUGCUGCUGGAGUUGUCUAAGAAUCCAGGUAUUUAUUUCUUUCUCAUUAAGGAAAGUGACUUGUUUACUUUGAUACCUUGCUGGACAGCAAAGCUUUAUAAAAGGGGAAAUAUACCGGGCUUCAAAGAUUUUCUGUCCGCCUAUAAUAGCAUAGCUUACUGUGCAUGCAGCCAUUGCAAAUGGCCCUGCUGCUGCUGCCGCCCUAUGGCAUUUUUUACAUCUUAGCAGCAGCAAGCAAUAUGGCAUGUUCUUUAGCAGCAGUACGGCAUGUAUGUGAACACCGAAAGCCAUGACUUCUGGAAAUAAAACAGAAGCUAAAGCUGGCCAUACAUGGGCAGAUUAAAGCUGUCAAUUUAAGUCCUUCAAACCUAUUCACCAGCUUAUCUGCCUGUGUAUAUAGGGACCCCCCCACGUUCCUACCCGACUGGUGUUGGGCAAGUUUGAUUCUCCUGUUGGAUCAGGGACCGUAUAGACUCAUUGAUGCGAUUCUCUCCUCAGUGGCUCCUAUACCCAUUGUAAUUCAAUUUGGCCCUAGGGCAGCGGUUCUCAACCUGUGGGUCGGGACCCUUUCACAGGAGUCGCCUAAGACCAUCGGAAAACAUAUUUAUGAUGGUCUAAGGGAUAACUUUAUGGUUGGCGGUCACCACAACAUGAGGAACUGUAUAAAAGUGUUGUGGCAUUAGGAAGGUUGAGAACCACUGCCCUAGAGUGACCUUAGGUGGGCAUAUCAAGGGAAAGAUCUACUCGAUUGGCGACUUCGUCAGUUGAGCGCAAAUCUUAUUGUAUUUGGCCAUUUUAAGUCUUGGAUCUGUGGUAUAUUUCCCCUGCAAAUUGGUGAUGUGUGUAAAUCUCUCUGUAAUCCUAAUAAGAUACACAGGAAACUCUGUUUAAUGUGUCCAAUAUAUGGCAAACUGUGUGCAUACCAAAUAAUUCUGUGUUUCUUGUGAGUAUUGAACAAAUGCAAUAUGCCUUUUUGUGCCAGAUUUGUUACCUUUUGUUGUAAACACUUCAUUGUGGGAUUGAAUGGCAGCUUCAUUAAACACAUUAACUUCCUAGGUGCCAUUGCAGCCGCCGCCCGGGAUGGAGGUGAGCAAUGAUCCCUAGCUCUGCUCUGGCACCUGGAGUUAAUGGGGGGUUCCGGGUGACCCUGUAAGAACUGAAUUCUUGUCUUACUUGUUUUCCUGAUCGUGUGUUUUAUUGCGGUUUCUUCAAAAUGCAUUUGAAUGUUUUAGGGAUUCCUGCAAUUGUAGCACAAAUUUGUUCUGUUUUGUAAUGAAACCAGCUUAUUUUUCAGACCAUAAAGGGGUAUUAUGUACUAAUGUGCCACCUGGUUUCUUAGCAAUAAAAUAGAAAAUUCAGCCACUUUUUACCAUUUUUUUAAACCUGCUCAGUUGCUGUUUCAUCAAUAGAAAAAAAAAACUUUUCAUGCAGUAUGGGCAGUUUCAAUAAAUAAAAAGUAAAAUGCAA